UGCGCCGGCGCACCUCCUCAAAUCUCCUCCGGGACCAGGAUUUGGUUGCGUUUUCGUCGUUACGUGACCUGCAAGAGGGGUCGCCUGUUCCAGUGAUUUUAAAGACCCAUUUCCGGUGCUCCGAUGCACCGCGUGAUCAAGUGUCUGAAAAGAGCAAUCCAGGUGCCCAGAAAAAGUGCGUUUGUGGUGCUGUGGUGAAGAGUGGAUUUUGGUUCGCGAACGGAAACACAAGAAAUAGGUCGAGAUCUUGAGGAUCUUGAGGAUACGUGCGAGACGGAGGUAAAGAAAAAAAAAAGAAUUCGAAACAAGUCCAUUUACCCUGCCUGAGCGAGAGGAACGGUCGCUGCGGUGCUGCGGUGAUCGCAAAGUGUGCUCGAGAGUGAGAGAGAUCGGGUAAAGUUUAAGUUGUUGGUUGGCAGACUGGCUGAUCGUCGUUUGGCGCGCCUUCCACUCAAGGAUUUGAAAGCACGGCGUGCCAGAGCAAACUCACACAAACAGCAAACAGAAACAGGAGUGCCUGAGGCGGCCACGGCGACUGGAUUUUGCAAGCAUCGUCGGCACCAGCAGCAGCAGCAUAAGCAAAUAACAACAACCAGACAGAUCACCGAUCGUCAUCGUCAUCAUCGGAGGACGAAACGUGGCCGUUGAUCGUGCAGUGAGUGACGGAUGUUUGCGUUGCAGACAGUUUAGGCAGUUUGUGAAGACAUUUUUGUGUGACCGGGGUGUUUUUUUGUGUGUGUCCGAAAUGAAACGAUAAAGUGACGAGUGGGAUCCUCCAGUGCACGAUGGAUCAGCUUUCGAAUCGCAACCGUAAGAAUAUACUGUCUCUGAAUCACGGUGGAAACUGGUCGGUUCCAGUCGUUACGCCAGCAACAACCGGUAUGGCGACGGCUCAGCUCCAUCCAAUUCGUCAUCAGCAGCAGCAACAGCAACAGCAGCAGCACCUGCCGAGGGAUGUUAAUGGUCAGCAGCAUCAUCCAACGAUCGCAAUGUUUGGCCAGCCGCAACCGCAGGAUACCAAUCAUCGAAGCAACCACCAUCUUCAUCAUCAUCACCAUCAUCAUCACCAACAUCUUCAGCAUCAGCAACAUCAGCAGCAGCAGCAGCAGCAACAGCAGCACCAGCUGCAGAUCGAUGGACUGCCGAAAGCAUUCGUGGCCGCUAUGCGCACCCUGUUCGACAUCAUGGACGAUCGGAAAACUGGUUUCGUCCGGCUGGCCGACAUCGAGGAUCGUUGGCUGGACGACGGUUCAAAGGGUAUGCCCCGUGGGGUAAUUGAUAGUCUGCGUAAGGUGACGCCCCCAAGCGGGAUGCUAUCGUUCGAGCGCUUCUGCAUUGGCCUUAAGAUGUGUCUGGUACGCAACCAGCCGCUGUCUAAUGGUGGUUCUGUCGACAGUGGCGGCAGCAGCAGCAUUACCACCAAUACGAUCGCUCCGACCAUACCCUCACCAGCCCUCUCACCGCCACAUGCACACUCGGUACCGCGUGGUUCACCGCAAGCCAUCGAAGGGAAGCUGGGGAAACUUUCCCUAUCGCGACCACCUUCAGCACCGCUGCUCGAUCUGGAUGGUGCUCUGGGUCUUGAACGGAAGGUAGCGCCACCAUCGGUGGUCCCUUCGUGGAGCAACAGUUCCGGUGUACCCGGUAGCAAUACGGCCACGGUCCGUCCGAACAAUGCAAUGCCAGCCCAGAAGACACUCAGCAUGCCGCAGCUACUGAGUCCCGACGAGGACGGACUAGAGCCACCGCCGAUCAUACUGCCCGGAGCUUAUGGUCCUCCGAAGCCACCUCGGGUCUCGCUGAACCUGGAGCGCUCGAAUCAACAUCAGCAUCAGCUGCAGCAGGGCCAUCACACGACCCAGGGCACUGGUCCGGCACUGGGGUCCAGUAUCGAUAAGGCGGAAAUCCGGAAUGCCCUCCAGAACUGGCAGAUGUCGCUGCUAAUGGGUGAAGCGUCAGCUGAUAAAACAGUCGGCGUGGAGAAACCUGGCCAUGGAGGGCUACGAUCUCUGACGACCGGUCGGGGUUCGGCCGAUGGACAAACUGACCUUUCGACCUCCUCACCUUCGCUCCAGUCCAUCAACCAGCUCGACGGUCCGCUGGGACGAUCCGGUGCUACCAUUCUGCCUGCCUCACUCUACCAGAAAAAGAGUACCGUGUACGGUGGUGGUGGUGGGUCGGGUGGUAGACGUCGUGAACCGAGACGGCACACGCUCCAGAAUGGUGUGGACUACAACAUGCUUAAACGGUUGAAGCAGAUCGAGCAGGAGAAGGACAUCCUGGUACAGGGGCUGACAGCGGUCGAGCAAACACGUGAUUGGUAUCUGAAGCAGUUGGCUGUGGUGCAGGAGAAGAUCCGUUACCUUGGGCGCCCCGGAUCACAUAUGGAAACGUGGACCGAAACUCAACAGGAACGACUCGAUUUGCAGCGUGCCCGCGUACUAGAGGUGAACCGCCAUCUAAUGAUGCUGGCCGAAAGCUGGGAACGUGGUGGGUUUCCGAUGCACAUGAACCUUGCCCUACGGCCCUUGCCGGAUACUGCCACCUAUGGCUCACCAUACCAGCCACAGCAGCAACAACGCCAGCAACAUCAACACCAGCGUACUCAAUCGCAAUCCACACCACCGGCUGUUCCGCCUCCGCCAUCAUCGGUCAGCUACCAAUCGGCACCGUCUCAGCAACUCUCACACCAGCAUCAUCAUCUUCAUCUCCAACAGCAGCAACAGCAACAACCACCAACCGAGCUGGUGAACCAUCUGAAGGCACAAAACCAUCAGCUGGUCGAGGAGGUGACCCAGAAGAAUGAGAAACUGUCGCUGCUGGAGCGUGAAAAGGCUGCUUUGAUCCGCGAGCUGAUGCAGUUGCAGCGCGCCAAUCGAGCGGCCAGUAUGAUAUCAAACACGGAGGAGAUGGUUUUUUAAUCAAUCCCGGGUGCCAUUUACAGCGACAAACACAAAC